GUUAGAGUGAGGAUAUGUGGUGUUAGUGUUUGGUUAUUUGUCCUGACUAUUCCAGCCAAGCGUUCUAAUGACAAAAAAUAAGAAAAAAAUCCUCUCUAAUUCUCCGGUUCAAUAAUUAUUCAAACACUCACUGCUACUUACUCUUCGAUGCGGAAGCUCAAAACCACUGUUUGCCUAAUCACAGCCACUACUGCUGGCCUCACCUUCCAUGCCUUCAACCCUAAUUCCUCCCCAGACUUUCCCGACAAAAUUCGGACAGCCGUUCACGGCGUCGUUCGCUCUUCCCGCGCAAUCUCCACCAUUGCAUUGACUGCCGUUGACUACAAGUUCACCUUGCGUGGACUCCCGGUGGACUCAGAUGAGUACCGCCGCAAGCUAUCUGAGGUUCAUUUUCGAUCAGCUUGGAGAAUUCUGAAAUUGUGUGAAGCCAACAAAGGAUUUUAUGUGAAAGCUGGUCAAUUUGUUGCAGCUCUGCGUCAGGUUCCAAAAGAAUACUCAUCAACUCUUUCCUCAUUACAGGAUCAGGCAGUUCCUUGUCACUUUAAAGCUAUUGAAGAAGUACUAAUUCGUAAUCUGGGGCGCAACCUGUCCGAUACGUUUUUGUCACUGGAUGAACAACCCUUAGCUGCUGCAUCAAUUGCUCAGGUACACAAAGCAGUUCUGAAGGAUCGUCAAGCAGUAGCAAUCAAGGUGCAGUACCCUGGUCUGGAGCAGCAAAUGAAACUAGAUACAACAACAAUGUAUUUCAUUUCAAAAUCCAUUACAUGGAUUUUUUGCAAACGAAGAUUAGACUUCUACAUGUCAAAUGCUUUCCAGUUAAAGAACUUCCUUUUCAUUCAACAGUUUUUCCCAGAGUACAGAUUUGGAUGGCUGGUAGCAGAGUUUGUGCAGGCUAUCUCUCUUGAGCUUGAUUUUAUUCAAGAAGCUGGAAACUCUGAGAGAACUGCCAAUAAUUUCAAAAACAACAAAUGGGUCAAGGUUCCUCAUGUAUUUUGGGAUUUGACAACUAAACAAGUUCUGACGAUGGAAUUCUGUACUGGACACAAGGUUGAUGAUGUAGACUAUCUGAAGGAAAGGAAAAUAGAUCCAGUGAAGGUGGCCAAAGUGUUGUUGGAAAUGUUUGCUGAAAUGAUUUUUAUCCAUGGUUUCUUGCACGGAGAUCCGCACCCUGGUAAUAUAUUAGUUUCUCCAGAAGGGCAGAAUGGCUUUUCUUUGGUUCUUCUAGAUCAUGGAAUAUACAAACAACUCAAUGAUAAAUUUAGGUUGGACUACUGUCAGCUCUGGAAGGCUCUAAUUCUUCUCGACUCAAAAAAGUUGCAGCAUUUGGGGGAGCAGUUUGGUGUUGCAAAGUAUUCUAAAUACUUUCCUGUCAUUUUUACAGGAAGAACUGUUGACAGUACAUCGGCUCUUGGGCAAGGAAUGUCAACUAAAGAGAGAAGGAAAUUAAAGCAAGAGCUGCAGUCCCUAAAGAUGGAGGACAUAUCUUCAUUUAUGGAAUCUUUGCCAUCUGACUUCCUCACAAUAUUGCGUACAGAUGGACUAUUGAGGUCUAUUGCUAGUAAGUUGGGCGCUUCACAAAGAGUCAGGAUAUUAGCCUAUGCCAAAUAUGCACUAUAUGGUCUUUCCCCAAAGUUGAAUCCAGAAUCUGACAAUGCUAUUAAAGUAAAGUUCUCACAAUUGACAGCAUAUGUGAGUUACCUUCAGUUAAGGCUUAUUCUUGAGGUCCUAGAGCUGCUUUCUUGGAUAGCAAAGGUCAAGCAGCUUCUAUUUAAUUUUUAUGAAAAGAAAGGUGGCGCCCUGGUGCUGUGAGGGAAAUCUUGAUUUUUUUGAAUGAUCUCAACCUAUAAAGGAGGUGUUUUGUUCAUGAGAUUUCUCAAAUUUGUGUCUUGUUUAUUCUGUGUGACAAGUCCAUCUCUUUAAAAGGGACCUGGACACAUUGUUGUAAUUUCUUUUACCUCAAAUGAUUGAUAUUAGGAGCGGUUGGGAGAUUCAAACUCCCGUUAAAUGUAAAAUUUUGAGGAUGUUUGUUGAAUCAGUAAGAACCAGUGGUGCCGUCGCGAUGUAUGCCAUACAAUCAUGGAAUUAGCCAUUUUGGAAUUCUAAUAUAUAGUUUUACGUUUUUUUUUUUU